AUGGAAGAAGUUAUUAAGUUACCGCAGACGGUUGAAAAACCUAAAAUCAAGAAGAGGGUGCGCGUACCAGCAUACAACCCAAAACAGGAGCUUAUAAAAAGACAGAGAAACGUGAAGAAUCUGACGGUUUUAGGGGAAAAUGACGCAUCUGUCAAACUAUUGGAGGACCUCGUUUUCGGUGCAGAGGAUGAGUUGGUUGAGAGACUCAUUGAGGACAAGCAAGGGGCGUCAUUAUUAGAUGACGAUGAUGAAGAUGAAGGUGACUUGGACGACCCAGAAGUGGAGAGCGAGGCUCAUCUAAAGGUCCCAUUAGCCAAGAAAGCAGCCUGGGUUGAUGACGAUGACGAGCGCAUGGAAGAAGUGGACAUGAGCCAUCGCUUCCGUAAGUACCUGACCAAAGGAGAGGCAGAGUCAAAGAUGACAAAGCAGAAACUCCAGCAGAGGAUGACCGAGCAGUUUCAGAAGUCAAUGGGAGGAAAGCCAACCUGGGCUGAGGUCAAAGUCAAGAAGAGCAAGAAAAAAGGCGAUGAUAGCGAGGAGGAUGAAGAUGAGGAUGAUGACGAUGACCUGCUGAGGAAGACUGGGAACUUUGUGGCGGCCUCUGAAACCCUGCCAUCGGGGACCCUACGGGUCAAGAAGUGUCUCCAUGCCAACUCUGCUCGUCCCUUCAGCGAUCAAGCUGACACGGUCCAGUUCCACCCCUCGGCUCAGGUUGUCAUGACGGCAGGACUCGACCAGUCCAUCCUCCCUCUUCCAGGUGGACGGGAGGACCACACCGAGAUCCAGAGCAUCACCUGGAGCGCUUCCCCAUCCACAAGGCCCAGUUCAGCCGCGACGGCGAGUCGGUGGGUGGCCACUGGCGUCAAGAACAAGAUGUUUCUACAUUACGACAUGAUGGAGUGGACGCGUGGUCUGAAGCAAGCCAGUGUGAGAGAAUUCUCUGUGUCUCCGGAGGGAGACUCUCUGCUGCUCUCCGGGAACGACGGAUACCUGCACGUCCUGAAACUCAAGAGGAGGGCGAGGUGUAUGUGUGGGACAUGCGCAGCAGUCGCUGUGUCAACAAGUUUGCAGAUGAUGGCUUGUGUGAAGGGAACCAGCAUCGCUACAUCCAGGAACGGACAGUACCUGGGCCUGCGGUCGGGAGUGGUCAACGUCUACUCUCAGCAGGACUGCCUGACAUCAGCCAAUCCCAGGCCUCUGAAGACGCUUAUGAACCUGGUAACCCCUGUGACCUCUCUGGCUUUCAACCCCGCCUCUGAGAUCCUCGCAAUGGCCUCGCAAAACGAGGACGAAGCCCUGCGUCUGUUUGACAGUGUUCUCCAACUUCCCCAUCACACGAAGAAGAAGUACAUCCACCGCACCAGCUGCCUAGACUUCUCACCACAUAGUGGCUUCUUCUCAUUGGCUAACAACAAGGGUGACGCCCUACUGACUCGGUUGCUGCACUACAAGGACUUUUAA